AUGGAUUCUGAAGGCAUUUCGCAUAACAAUGUGCCCCAAGAUGAAUCAAUAAUAACUGGGAGUAUAGAUCUACCGGAAUAUUUUCCUUUGAAUCAAAGCUUGGUGAAAGAUUUCGAGAGAACUGGUCGAUUGCAAACAAAAGUUGAUCAAACAAUUAAAGAAUCUAUCAACAAUAUAUUAUCACAAACAGAAGAGUAUUUAAAGUUCUUGUUAGAUGAUGAAAACUUGACUAGUAUGGAUCUUGAUUCCAAGUUUUUCAGUACUAAUUUAAUAACCUUGGAAAGUUUACUAAAGUCACAAUAUGAAUUAGGUAUAUGGAAGAAAUCUGUAGAGGAAUCUAAGUUAAAAAUACGACUGAAACAGCGCCAGGAAGUAGAGCUAAACCUCGAGUCCUUAGAGUAUUAUCAGAACCAAGUCGAUGAAGAUCAUUUUGGCGAUUUAAUGAAGAAAGAAUAUGACGAGUAUCGAGAUAUACAUAAUCAAGAGACUUCGUUCCAAACCAUCCUUGCAACAAAUGACUCUUAUAAAUAUUUGAAAAAUGUUGCCUUCAUACUACAAAACCCACAACACCCCUUACCAGAGGAGGCUGAGGAUGAUGAGUUGGAAGUCGCUGGUGGUAAGAUAUCUUUGAAGGAUCCAUUAUCGCUUAAUUAUUACCAUACACCGUUGAUCUCCAAGAAAUGUGGUCAUAUAUUUGAGCAAGAUACUAUAUUUGAUUAUCUUAAUAAUAAUAGCAAAUGUCCAGUGGAUGGAUGUGGUGCAGUCUUGACUAGGAAUGAUUUAAAACCUGAUAAGAUUAUGACUUUGAGAGUUAAAGCUCAUUUGCUAAAAGACAAAACAAAAAAACCUCAGGCAAACGUCGACAGAUUAUGA